AUGUCAUUAGCAGAUGGUGAAUAUGAGAUAGACUUAUCACAACUACUAGAAUUACCAACAAUACCAACAAAUACUGAAGAUCAACAACAAGAUGUAUCUAAUGUAGCUAUUAGAUAUGGAUUCAUACCACCUACUAUGGAUCAAACUAAACCAUUGACUUUAUAUCAAACGGAACAAGAUGGAGAUUGUAUAUUAACCGCAGAGACUACUACCAAUAGUAAUAAUAAUACUAAUGAUAAGAUAUUGUUUGAAGGAAUACCGCAAAGACAUAGAAGUAAUAGUGGUGGUACUACAAGUACAAGUUCAACUACCAAUAAUAAUAAUACUAAUGAUUCUUAUUAUUUAAGUUAUAAUCCUGGUGAUAAUUAUGUUACUUUAAAACGAUUGAAUACAACAAUUAGAUUUAAUAAAAGUAGAAAUAUAAAUAAAUUACAAUCAAAGAUUAAACAAUUGGAGAAUCAAUAUGAAUUGGAUAAAAAGAAACAACAACUUAAGAAAUCUAAUAAUAUCAAGAAGAAAUCUUCGGUAUCACCUCCUCCAAACAAAUCUUCUUCGUCAAAGCAGCGACAACAACCAGUAAGACCCCGAACUGUAUCAUCAAAGAGACCACCUGCAAAUACUACUCCAGAACCUAUAAUAAAACUGAAGAAACCCACUGAUGAAGAACAGAAUAUUAUAAGUGAAUCAGAUUUUGAAGAUUUAGAAUUAGAAUUAGAAAAACAAUCCACUACAUCCCCACCACAACGACAACAACAGCACCCUAUAAAGUGUAAGGAACCAUCACCUGAAGAACCAACUCCUAAGCCUAAGCCUGUCACCACGAAAAAACCAACCCCAUCUCCACCUCCACAGAAAAUAGAGAAGAAAAAGCCCCAAGCUCCUAUAUCUGAACCUAAGCAGACCGUCUCUUCAACCAGAGAAGAAGAAGACUUGUCAAUGGAACUAGAUGACGAUUUCAAAGAUUUAGAAGAUCAAUUACAAGAAGUCCUAGAAGAAAAGGAAGUAUCAGCUCCAGAAACGAUCGCAACCAAAGGCAAAUCGCAAGGCACAUCAUCUACCCAACCAAUUGAAUUCAACAAUCUUGAAGAAGAAGACGACGAUGACGAUGAUGAUGAGAGUGAUUUCGAUGAUUUUCAAUUCUCAGCUAGGAUUAAAAUCGAUGAAGGUGAGUCAAGUUCAUCAAGUUCUUCAAAUAAGGCAAAGAUUAGUCUUGUUGAUAGAUCGGGCGCGAUUGGUAUGAAUAAGAAACCGAUGAGUUUAAGGGAAUUGAUAGGCGGUGGAAAUGAUGAUGAUGACAAUGGGAGAAAAGGCGGUGACGAUGUGAGUAGUAGUGAAGAAGAAUAG